AUGCUCGCAUUUCUGUUUCUGGCCGGCCUCAUCGCGGCAGCUCCAGCUCCUCAAGCAGAUGGUUUGAACAAGAUCGCCUUGCCACUUCCUCGUACCUUCGCUCGCUCCACCGGCGAGGUCAACGGCCCCGCCCUCUUGAGGUCACUUCGGAAAACGUUGAACAAGUAUCAUUCGAGGUUCAACAUCCCUGGAGCUUCCGCCAAUGCUUCGUUGCAACGGAGAUUGGCUACCGAGAACCUCCUAGAUCAAGUAGAGGCCCCUGAUUUCGAUGAGCAGUAUUAUGGCCCCAUGGAAGUGGGCUACGGCAUCACCGCACAAUUCUUCACCGUACAAUUCGAUACCGGCAGUUCCGACAUCUUUAUCCCUGGACCCCAGUGCACAAGCGACGAAGGCUGUCCCUUCACCGAUAAGUACGACGAAGGGGGCACACCCCAAAACCGAACCACGGCCGUCCAGUACGGCUCCGGAUACGUCGAAGGCGAUGAUUAUACCGAUUCAAUCACCGUAGCCGGCUUGACCGCGGCGAAUCAGGGCUUCAUCUCCCUGACGCAGACAUCCGGCUUCAACACCUCCAACUCGGACGGCCUGCUAGGCAUGGGCUUCACCUCCAUCGCGGCCAGCGGCUUCACCACCUUCUUCGAGAAUCUGAUGAUGCAAAACAAAGUCGCCGCACCCGAAUUCAGUUUCCACCUCGGCCGCGCCGCAUCCGGGACCGCGAACCGCGGCUCCCUCUGCCUCGGCUGCCGCGACCCCUCUCGGUACAAAGGCAGCGCCACGCAAAUCCCCGUCACGGAAGCCGGCUACUGGCAAAUCGCGCUCAACGCCGUGACCGUGAACGGCGCCACCGCGGGCGCCUACACCCGCGGCCAGGCCAUCAUCGACACGGGCACGACCCUCGUCCUCGCCCCGCCGGCCGCCGCGGCCGCCAUCUUCGCCCUGAUCCCCGACGCCUUCCCGCUCUCCGCCGAGGCCGACGACGGCGACCAGACCUUCUACGCCUACCCCUGCGCCACCCCCGCGGCCUACAUCCCCGCCGUCCGCUUCGGCGGCAAGUCCUUCGGCAUCAACCCGCUCGAUUUCAACUUCGGCCUCCUGACCCCGUCCUUUGCGCGCUUGAUCGGCAACGAGGCUCUGGCCGUCAGGUUGGAGACGGAGGCGAGGACGGGGACGGGGACGGGGACGGGGACGGCGGAGGCGGAUUAUGGGGGCGCGGAGAACUGCGUGGCUGCUAUAGUGGGCACGGACGUUGCGCCGCAGGGGGACCUGUACGUGGUGGGGGAUGCGUUUUUGAAGAACUGGUAUGCCACGUUCAACUACGUGAACGCGGGGGGACGACCGAGCGUCAGUUUCGCCGAGGCGGUGUGA